AAACUGUCAAAACAUUCUUGUAAACCUAACCUAGAUAAAUGGACGAAUUUUUUGUUUAAUAAAUAAAAUUCAAGAUUAAAAAAUGUCGGGAAAUCGAUUCAUGGCACUUAUGGUGAAAAGAAGAGAGUAUGUAAAUGUUAUCCAGGAGCGUCAAAAACCACCAUUGAAAAAGCUGAAAUUAGUAAAAAAAGCGACCCCACAAUCAAUAGGACAUACUCUAGCUCUUAUAAGCUACUUGGAAAAUUGUAAAAAAAGUAACGAAGCUCUUAGUAUAUUACUCCGAAUAUCAGAUAACAUAUCUUUCGAAGCAGCAGACUUUCCUGAUAUAUUGAAACGAUUAAGUGAUUAUUUCAAAAAUGAGAAAGAAUCAGCAGUCAGAGUAAAGAUUUUAUCACUGUUAGGUGAAAUAGGUGAAUACCUUCAUGCUGACAAAUUUUUGAUCAUCGAUGAAAUAAUAUUACUUUUAAAGGGUGAUACUUCUCAUAAAGUAAUUGCUCAAGGAAUUAACACAAUUCUAAAAUUUGGUGAACGAAUUACAGACACAUCAAACAAUACAUUUAAUCAAAAAAUGAUAGAACUUGCAAAAACUUACCUAAAAGAUGUGAAUCACACAGUGAAAUGUAAGUGUUUAGAAAUUAUUGGAGCUUAUUCUCCUAUUUCGGAAAGUAAGGAGUCUGAGGAGAUAUUAUUUUUGGUGAGUUCUUAUUUCAAUAAUGACGAUGCAAGAGUUAGGAGCCAAGCUUUCUCAACAAUUGUAACACUUCAUGACAGAGGUUUUAAAUUGAAUCCAAACAUAUAUACUGAUGUAUGUAACUGCUUAAAAGAUGACUAUGAGAUAGUUCGAUCAGUUGUUUUGAAACUUCUAUGGGUCCUUGGACAAGCAUACCCAAAUCAUCAAAUGUUCGUUAGUGGCAGUGAUCAUGAAAUAAGACUCAUAGAUGAUGCUUUUGGCAAAAUUUGCAGUGGAGUAACAGAUCUGUCAAUGCAAGUUAGAACAUUAUCAGCAGAACUUCUUGGAUCUAUGACGGCUGUUAGUCCGAAAUUUCUGAAUCAAACGCUAGAUAAAAAACUGAUGUCAAAUAUGAGGAGAAAGCGCACUGCCCAUGAAUUAGCAUGGGAGAAUGUGACUAGUGGAGAAUGGGCUAGUGGUAAAAAAUGGGCAGAUGAUGCUCCCAAGGAAGUUCUUGAUGCAGAAAGUAUCAAUCUUAUCAACAGUGGAGCUUGUGGGGCUUUUGUGCACGGAUUAGAAGAUGAAUACCUAGAGGUUAGAUCCGCUGCUGUGGAAUCCCUUUGUCAACUGUCCCUCAAUAAUUCUCAUUUUGCCAAUCUGUCUUUGGAUUUCAUGGUCGACAUGUUCAAUGAUGAGAUCGAAGAUGUAAGGUUAAAAGCCAUAGACAGUUUAAGAUUGAUUUCUAAACACAUUGUUUUGAGGGACGACCAAGUAGAAACAAUAUUGGGAGCUUUAGAAGAUUUUUCGCAAGAAGUUCGCGAGGGACUACAUAGAAUGCUAGCGUCUUGUAGGAUGUUGACAACUUGCGGUUUGAAAAUGUGCGUGGAGAAAUUAUUAGAUAACUUGAAAAAGUAUCCAAAUGACAAGCGUUCAACGUAUAAAUGUCUACAGAAAGUUGGGUCUCAACAUGCUGAGCUUGUGCUACCUCUUGUCCCCCAGUUCUUGAAUAUUCAUCCAUUUUUCCAUAUUCCGGAACCUGAUGUGGAAAAUCCGCAAUAUAUCUGCAUUUUGAUUCUCAUAUUCAAUGCUGCUGAAAACCUGCCUACAAUAAUCCCAUUGUUGGAGUCGCACACCAAGAGGCAUUACCAGUACCUGAGAGACACGAUGCCUUCGUUUGUUCCCGUUUUGACUCUCACAGAUACAAUUGCAAAUACAGUUGCCCAACCAAUGUCAGUUCAGGCCAGUAUGGAGUUUUUGAAUAACGUAAUUUACAAUAUAGAUAUUACGGAAGCAACUUUCAGUGUUUAUUGUGCUAUACUCCAGACAGCAAGAGACCAUUUGAACCGUCUGAGCUUAAUCGAUUCAGGAGUAGCUGGUACUGCCCAGUUCACGUCUUAUUUUAUAGGAGCACAGCUGAUAUACUUUCGAAUUAUGGAAAAUGGAUAUUGGGCGAAUCCGACAAGUUUAGCAUCUCAUCAAGCACAUAAUCUCACAACAAAUAUACAAAACCUGUUGGAACAUUGCCUAAAGUUGCAGUUUUUCUUUGUUGGUUUGAGUGCGGAGGAUAAGUGUGCUGUGAAGCAGUUACAUAUGAAGGCUUUAGCUUUGAACCUGAUUUAUAUCGUGAAAGGUAGCAAUUCCUCUGCACUAGCACCAUGCCAUAAUUUCCUGAAUAUGGUCGAAGUUUUACAAAUGGAACUUCAUAAAAACGGAAUAGAACCUGAAUGUUUCACAAAAGAUGUAUUCAAAGAGCUAUCAUCGCUUGAAGAACCAAAACCGGGGAUGGUUUCUCGAGUUCUCAUUCCUAUACUUGCAGAGGCAAGAAUCGGUAGAAUACCACGUCCUAAUGUAAAGAUAAGAAUGAGUUCGGCAGAAAUACUGGAACCCACUGGACAAACAGACACUUCCUUGAAAUUUACAGCAGGUCUCAUAAUGUCAGUGCCUUUUGAAGCCGAAUUAAAACAUUUGUUAGAUCCAUCAAGGAUUAGAAUCAAAGUUAAGUAUCCUGAUCAAAAAACGCAAGUGAUUCUACCAAGACCAGCACAUUUGAAACCGCUGAAUCCAGAAGGAGAAGAUUCAAAUAAGCCGAAGAUGAGGGAAAGUAACAUCAGACUUCUAACGGACCUCCUAAUUUCACAUCAGGUUUGGUCAGAAGCUUGUAAUAUUGAUAUAAACAUAGCGUUGGCUAUUCCAGAAGCAGAUAUUGGGAGAAGGAGAAAUAUUGAUAACCCACAUACACUUCUUGACCUUUGUAAACCUGUGAAAAUAAGUGUUUCGCCGAAACCUAUCAAGAAAAAUAUAUUGAGUUAGAUAUAUAAGUAUAAUUUGUCGUAUGUUGAUCAUUUUUUUAAUAAAAUAUUUGUUAUAAGAAA